GAUAGUCCUCGCGAGACCGGACCGCGUUCAUUGCUAGAAACGUGAACCUGUGACUUCCUGUACACGGUGAAGCAGGAUAUACGGAAGGAAUCCAUAGAAGUUCACAUCGAUCUAGUUUGGAUGGCUAUACGACUGUUCUCAAACCUCAGAGCGGGGAGAUCUGCCGCGUUACGGUUAUGGUGACACAGAAUGGAUCUUUGGACGACUUCAUUGACUCUAGGAUUCAGCGCCGUCAUCUUAAUCAGCAUCGUUAGUUUCAUUGGCAUCUGUGUUCACGCCCAGCGUGCGAAAGUUGCAUCCACAACACAUGAUCCUAAGAGACAUCUUCGUGCAGGAGAGAACUACUCUCGUAAACAUCGAGUGAACAGUAACCGCAGUAUCGUAUCCAGCAACGUCAGCUCCAACGAAGAUCUGACGUCAUACUACGAAGCACAACAACUCGUGGUUCCCACGUUCUACAUACAACCCACGACAAAUUGUGACUUGAUUGAAGAAAAUGAGAUUACUGAAGACUUAACAAAAAAUAAAUUGUCUGAUCAAUAGAGUUAUCAAGGGAACUUUAGAACGUUUUGAAUUGACGCUGUUGAAACACAAAACAACAACAUAAUAUACGUUAAAUCAACUGAUGGUGUAAUCUUUUGUGAUUAUGGUAUUAGGAACGAUCGACGUCUGAACAAGCAGAGACAACUACCUGUAUAUAAAUCUAAACUGCAUUAGUGUUGUGUUAAUUCAGUUCAAUAAAUCAGUUCAUGAAUAUGUCCAUGUAAAUAUUGGCAAGUGUUAAGUAAAAUGAAUUUGCACAUGGAUACAUUUUUUGAAAUGCUAUAGGCCUAGGUCUAUUGUUUUUCUAGUCGAUUACGCAUGCAUAGUAAACAAGUCAUUUAUUGAACGAGUGAGUAACCGGAAAUUAUAAACUCUAGAUCUCCCGAAACAAAAGUCAAGGAGGAAAAAACCCGACACAAACUAUUCAGAUGUACCAGUAUUCACAUACCAGUUUAAGAUAGUAUAGUAUUCAGAUACCGGUAAUCAGAUAAGUACUAUAGUAUUCAGAUAUAUACUAGUGUAAGGUUUUCUGAGAAUUCGUUAGAAGCAGAUCACUUGGAAAUCUUAAUUAACGACGUACGCUUGCUAUUAAAAACAAACAUUUAUAUAAAAUAAAAAAAAUUAUGAAAACUGAA